AUGAGCCUGAUAGCACAGCAAGAGAUCACGGUUCGAUCUGCUAGACCGCAAGAUGAAAAAGGAGUCAUUUCCUUAUGGCAUGAUUGCAAUCUAACAACAUCUUACAACGAUCCAAGCAAGGAUUUUCAAUUUGCACUGAACAAAUCAAAUUCCGAUAUUCUAGUGGCGCUUCAACGUGACACUAUAUGCGGAACGGUUAUGUGCGGUCAUGAUGGUCAUCGAGGAUGGUUGUAUUACGUUGCUUCAUCUCCCUCUUUACGUGGAAGUGGGAUUGGUAAAAUGAUGGUAAAUGCAGGUGAAGAAUGGUUACGUAAAUGCGGAAUUGCAAAAGUACAAUUGAUGAUCCGUCAAUCAAACGAAGAGGUGAUGAACUUUUAUCAACAUAUAGGAUAUGAGCAUACACCUAGAAUCAUAAUGGCAAAAUGGCUCUGA